GGAACAGAUUGAUUCUAUAUCUUGGUAUUUAAGGGCCGUUAUCUUUUUGAAUAGUAGAAAAAAUAUUGCAUCUUUUAGACUCAUGUUGAUAGAAAGUGUCCGCAAGGAACUUUAAUUAAGAUAGUUAAAGCUACUUACCUCUUACAUUAACUACCUUAGGUAGUUAUAUACAAAACAUCUUUAGAGACACUCCAGUGUUUUGAUAGAACAGUAGAGAAUCUAAUAAUUUAUAACAGUUAUCAGACUACGCGCAGCAUAGAGUGGCUGUACAUUAUAGAGCAGCAAACAUAUUCCCAUAUACGGAAGUCCGACAGGGCCAAUUCUUGGUCCGCCGUGUUAACCGUAUUACAUAGUAGGUAUGCAUAGGUACCUAUACAAUACAAAAGCGGAACAGGUGGGCUAUGAAGAAGUAAGGCCGGAAUCAAAAUAUAAAUACUAGGUAGGCUACGGAUUAAAGAUUCCAAGUGUUAAGAGAUGGGAUUCGAUGCCCUAGCAAGGUUGAAAAGCGCCCGAGAAACUACAGAAGAAUACAUCAAAGAGAAAUGGGAACGAAGGAAACCAUGGGGUUUUUCGGAGGCGGAUGCUGCAGCCAAAGCCGAGGAAGAACGACGACGGCGGGAGAAAAACGAGUUCCUUUGUCUAAUAUUGGCAAAGAUUACCGGAGAGUCAGCCAUCGAGAUGCCGCCAUUACAAUGUGAUCCGAUCGCAUCUCAUAAGGCCGCCUUCUUGAUCACCACGCCGAUCGAGUUUGGAAAAUUUGAAUUGUCAAAAACUACUUACAAAUUGCUUGCCAAACAUGUCGGCAUGAGCCAAAAUAGUGUCAGCCACUGGGCGUUGUGCGUGAUUAAUCGCAGCUUCAAUCCCUCAUACUGUUACGACCUGAUGAGUGACCAGUUGGCUCUCAACACUAUUGGCAAAAAUUACUUUCGCGUGGCCGAAAUUACCCCUGAAUUCGUACAAACAUGGAGCACGUGUUAUUAUAUCGGAGAGACGACGAAAUCUCAUGAAGAGAUACAAGAAAUAGGAACAAAUCAUACGUUGCUUCACCCGCGGUACAACCUCUUAACAAGCAAUUGUCAGGAUAUGGCAGAAAGCCUAGUAAGAGAGUUAUGUAACGGUAGAAUAAUUAGCCAGGCAAAACUAAGAGAGGAGUUAUCUUUGGUGUCUCCGAAGAUAGCCCUAAACUUGAUGAUAGCGCGAUUAAAGUCGAGGAUAGAAGUUAUGGAUGAGCAUGAGGAUAGUGACACUGUAAAAGUUGACAUCGACGCCAUCAAAGCGCUAUGGCGUAAAGCUCAUCGAUAACCAAUCCUCUUUUCUUUUUUUGUUCGAAAAGAAGAAGAAAAAAGGCAAUAAAGGCUUAUGAUAAAAUAAAUUCGUAGCACUAACCACAUGGCCUCUAAAAUGAAAGAAAAACAUACAGUUUACCUACCUAGGUACCUACAAGUUUGCCUGAGUCCUAAAACCAUUAAGCUUGUGCACAGACCACCACCCAAGUAUUAGGUUU